AUGUCCCAUAUCAGGGUAUUGCCGGACAUCAAACAUGAUUUCUCCGAAGAGGAAGGGGGCAUACCGGGAUCCUUCCAGUUGUCAAACCAAGGUGAUAAGAUCGAACCUCUGGAAUCUGGGCUCCUAGCGUGGUCCCAGGUUCUUGCCGGCGCUCUAGGAAACUGCAUGGCUUGGGGAAACCCAGCUACGUUCGGGGUCUACCAACUCUAUUACCAAGAAACCCUUGGUCUACCCUCUUCGCAAAUCAGUUGGAUAGGCAGCGUCCAGACAUUCCUCACCUUUCUUCUGUGCGCCAUAGCUGGAAGACUAGCGGAUGCUGGAUAUGCCAGGACGACUGUGUGCGUCGGCACCGCCCUCUCCCUUCUCGGAAUCUUCAUGACGAGCUUGGCAACUAAUUAUUGGCAAAUCUUUCUCGCUCAGGGAGUCUGUGCCGGGAUAGGCCAAGGCCUACUUUUCAUGCCGUGCGUGAGCGUUAUCAGCUCCUACUUCUUCCAGAAGCGGCCAUUCGCAUUGGCUCUGGCGGCAACGGGGAGUGGGUUCGGAAGCGUGAUUUUCCCUGCCAUUGUGCAAUAUGUGACGCCAAUGCUUGGCUUCGCUUGGGCGGUGCGGUGUCACGGAUUCGUUGCUCUUCUUGUGGCGGGGACUGAAUGCAUCAUCCUCCGCCCACGGUUGGCAGGACGGAAGUCGGGUGCUCUGUUUGAGUGGAAUGCUUUCAAGGAACCUACCUACUUUCUUUUCUCAAUCGGAACCUUCCUGUUUUUCUGGGCGCUAUAUUAUGGAUAUUUCUAUAUCAACAGCUAUGCUCGAAACCUCAUCGGCUUUGAUACCACAUCAUCUGUGCAGCUGCUCCUCAUCACCAAUGCGGUUGGCAUUCCUGCGAGACCCAUCGCUGGCCUCAUAUCCAACAAGUUCGUGGGGCCUAUUAACACGUACAUUGUGUCCAUGCUGGUUCUCAGCGGCAUGAUUUUUGCCUGGAUUGGGGUGCAUGAUCGCGUAGGCAUGUACGUGUUCUCCGUCUUCUUCGGUGUCGCUGCUGCUGCUGCCCAGUGUGUCUUUAUUGGGGCGCUUGCAAGUCUCACAGACGAUCCGACGAAGAUGGGUGCGAGGUCCGGCAUUGUGUAUCUUUUAUCCGCCUUUGCGGUUAUGGCUGGACCUCCUACAGCGGGCGCGAUUGUUGACCAAACGGGUGGGAGCCAUCUCUGGGCUCAGGUUUGGGGGGGCUUGGUGACCCUGCUGGGAGCCGUUGCCGUUGCCGGUGCGCGUUUAUGCAAGACCGGGCUCGUACUGAAGGCCAGAAUCUAA